AUGUGUGGAAUUUUCGGCUACAUCAAUUAUCUUGUUGAACGUGAUCGCCAGUUCAUCGUGAACACCCUUCUCAAUGGCCUGUCCCGACUGGAAUACCGUGGCUACGACUCAGCCGGUAUGGCCGUGGAUGGCGACAAGAAAAAUGAGGUCUGCGCAUUCAAAGAAGUUGGCAAGGUGGCCAAAUUGAAGGAGCUCAUUGCGGAGACCAAGCCCGACAUGACCAAGACCUUCGAGUCCCACGCUGGAAUUUCUCACACUCGUUGGGCCACCCACGGCACUCCCUCCCGCCUUAACUGCCACCCCCACCGAUCUGACUCCACAUGGGAGUUCGCCGUUGUUCACAAUGGAAUCAUCACCAAUUACAAGGAAUUGAAGUCUCUUCUGGAGAGCAAGGGCUUCCGCUUCGAGACUGAAACCGAUACCGAGUGCAUUGCCAAGCUUGCCAAGUACCUUUACGACCAGCAACCCGACAUCGAAUUCACGGUCCUGGCCAAGGCUGUUAUUAAGGAACUCGAGGGAGCCUUCGGAUUGCUGCUCAAGUCGGUGCACUAUCCCCACGAGGUCAUCGCUGCCCGCAAGGGUUCGCCCCUGGUCAUUGGUGUGCGCACCUCGAAAAAGAUGAAGGUGGAUUUCGUUGAUGUGGAGUUUUCGGAAGACGGUGCUCUUCCCGCGGAGCAGGCCUCCCAGAAUGUCGCCCUCAAGAAGUCCGCUACUAGCCUUCUGGCUCCCCCGGACAAGUCGCUCCUGCACCGCUCCCAGUCGCGGGCUUUCCUGUCUGACGAUGGCAUCCCGCAGCCUGCUGAGUUCUUCCUGUCCUCUGAUCCCUCGGCCAUCAUCGAGCACACCAAGAAGGUCCUUUACUUGGAGGAUGAUGAUAUUGCUCACAUCCACGAGGGCCAGCUGAACAUUCACCGAUUGUCAAAGAACGAUGGUACCUCUAACGUCCGUGCGAUCCAGACCAUCGAACUGGAGCUCCAGGAGAUCAUGAAGGGCAAGUUCGACCACUUCAUGCAGAAGGAGAUCUUUGAGCAGCCCGAGUCUGUGGUCAACACCAUGAGAGGUCGCCUGGAUGCUGUCAACAAGAAUGUCACUUUGGGUGGUCUUCGGCAGUACAUCUCCACCAUUCGUCGCUGCCGCCGCAUUAUUUUCAUCGCCUGCGGAACUAGCUUUCACUCAUGCAUGGCCGUGCGUGGUGUAUUCGAGGAACUGACCGAGAUCCCCAUUGCCGUUGAGCUGGCCUCGGACUUCCUUGACCGACAGGCGCCCGUGUUCCGAGAUGAUACCUGCGUGUUUGUCUCCCAGUCCGGUGAGACUGCCGACUCCCUGAUGGCUCUUCGCUACUGCUUGGAGCGUGGCGCUCUGACUGUGGGUAUUGUGAACGUCGUCGGAUCUUCUAUUUCUCUGCUCACUCACUGUGGUGUUCACAUCAACGCCGGUCCCGAGAUCGGUGUGGCAUCGACUAAGGCUUACACCUCCCAGUUCGUCGCGAUGGUUAUGUUCGCUCUUUCACUGAGCGAGGAUCGUGCCUCGAAGCAAAAGCGACGUGAAGAGAUCAUGGAGGGCCUCGGCAAGAUCUCAGAUCAGUUCAAGGAGAUCCUGAAGCUUAACGAGCCCAUCAAGGAAAUGUGUGCCAAGUUCUUCAAGGACCAGAAGAGUCUGCUCUUGUUGGGCCGUGGCGCCCAGUUCCCCACUGCCCUUGAGGGAGCCCUGAAAAUCAAGGAAAUCUCAUACCUUCAUUGCGAGGCCGUCAUGUCCGGUGAAUUGAAACACGGUGUUUUGGCCCUCGUUGACGAGAAUCUGCCUAUCAUCAUGAUUCUCACCCGUGACAACCUGUUUACCAAGUCGCUGAACGCCUACCAGCAAGUUAUCGCCCGCGGUGGCCGCCCCAUCGUUAUCUGCAACCAGGAUGACCCCGAGUUCUCGGCUGCGCAGACUGAGAAGAUUGUUGUGCCGAAGACCGUCGAUUGUCUCCAGGGUCUGCUGAAUGUAAUUCCUCUGCAGCUGGUCUCGUACUGGCUUGCCGUUGGGGAGGGUCUGAACGUUGACUUCCCCCGCAAUCUGGCCAAGUCGGUCACGGUCGAGUAA